AUGCCCCCAAACCCCAGAUACCAGCACAUCAAAUCCCGUGUGGACACUGGACACAGUUUGUCCAAGUACAGAGAGAAGCUGGAAGAGAUCCAAAGGAAUUACAGGUACAAGAAGGAUGAGCUGUUUAAAAGGUUGAAGGUGACAACUUUUGCCCAGUUGGUUAUCCAAGUUGCCUCUCUAUCAGAUGAAACCCUAGAAGUGACAACUGAGGAGCUCCACAAGCUGGAAGGUAACAAUAUUGGUUAUGCUGAUGCUGCUGCUCCAAAGGAAGAUGUUGAAGUGGCAGCAGGGACAAAUGGGAAAGGAAGUCCUGAGGGAACACCUAGUUCAGUGUUGUUCCUCAACAAUGCAGGAGCUGGAGAGCCAUAUCAUUCCACACUGCAGAGUGUGAUCAAAGGUGUUGGAGAACUGGAUGUGGAAAAGGACUCUCCAAAGAAGGAGCGCACUCAGGCUAAAGACAUGCCUUAUCCUGACUGUCCCUUCCUGCUCCUGGAUGUCCGAGACAAAGAUGCCUAUGACCAGUGUCACAUCAUUGGGGCUUAUUCCUACCCUGUUGCAACUCUGUCCAGGGUCAUGAAUCCAUACAUGAACAGUAUUCUGAAAUAUAAAAAUGCCCAUGGGAAGAUUAUCAUCGUGUAUGACAACGAUGAGCAUUUGGCCAGUCGGGCUGCAACAACCAUGUGUGAGAGAGGCUUUGAGAACAUCUUCAUGUUGUCUGGAGGCCUGAAGGUCCUUGCACAGAAGAUCCCAGAGGGACUGAUCACUGGCACACUCCCUGUGUCCUGCCAGGUGGCACCUCCCCCAGGGUCUGCCCGAAGGAGAACCACUCCCAGGCUGCCACCGACACGUGCUGAGAACAAGUGGAGAUACUCUGCAGAGGAUCUACAGAAGUUAAAAUAUUACCUGGACCAGGAGCACAUCGCUUCAGACACUGCUAGCUGUCUCAGCCGUGGUUUUUCGGGCCAUGAUUCCAAGAUUUCAUCCAUGAGGAGCACGUCCAGCCUCCACGGGAACACUGGCCAUGUGAGAUCCGUCACCUCCCGCUCCCUCAGCAGGACCAACCUCCAGCACAGGCCUUGGAAAUAA